UUUAAAAGUGCACGCGCAAGUGCGCGCUGAUUUUCAAAUGACGAAAAAUGAAAAUAGAACUUUAACGAACUCAAAGAAGUUAUCAAAAUAUGUCUUGUCCACUUUUGUUUGCAUGUCAGGAGGCUAUAAUCUCAUCUUAGCCAUGUAGAAGAAUGAAGAUAUUUAAAGUUCUGCUUCUUUUAGCUUGUUCGCCUCCAACAAGCGAGGAUUUGAUCGCUAAAAGUAGCAUCACCAUUUGUGAAAAUACCGGCGGUGGAGAUGAUCCCAUGAGUGUUGUGUACGAGAAAGCCUGCGAGAAAAAGCUUAUUGUUACCAUGUCAGUCCGAAGUGGCCAGAAUGGUUCAGAGAUGUUGAAAACAGUGUCGAACGUCAGCAAGGUGUACGACGAAGUUGAGAAAGAACAAGCUCGCCUGUACAAUCCAUUUAUUAUAACUCUGGCAAAAACACCAGUUCAACUUGUUUAUCCCUAUUACUAUAGAGGGGUGGUAAAUAAUAAACCAGAGGAGAAAGUGAAAGUGAGUGACAACGGUGCGCUGGCGACUGGGUCACGCAAUCUCUGUGAUGACAUGUGGGAUGCAUCCAAUGAUGAAUCUACUUGUGGGUUUGACCGAGAUGCGAAUGGAAACAAAAUUUGGGACAGUCAGGGAUUUUGCUGUUGGUGCAGUGAACAGGACAAAUGGCGCGGCUCUUUUGGGGACACGACACCAUUCAGCCGAGCUGGACUCUCGUGCAAAGUGUUCACCAAGGCGCAGGCCGCUGCUCACUGCAUGAAGUACGACGACUUAUGGUACACAGUCAAUGAGCUCGGAAGAUGGGAAAUGGAAUUCGGUAUUCACGUGAAAACUUAUGAUCAAGUGACAACGAAAGUAGGGAAUAUAACCAAACCUAAGUGGGUCCCUGGUGGAGAGAUAGUGAUAGGGCCUCAUGUGCGGAUGGGAAGAGGCAAAUACGGCAGGCUCCUCGCAAGUUAUAUUGGCGAGUUUCAGAGCCACAGGCAGUUUCCCACACUGACUGAGAAGUUCCUACUUAUUCCGUACGUCACUGAUAAAGUUGAUCCCAAGGCUCACCCGCAGGUAGUGAACGGACCUAUGGAUUAUAUGAUAAUCGACAAACAUGAAGUAAAUUACAAACCGAGCGGACCUCAUCAAUGCGACAAGAUAGGCGUUACUUACACGGCAUUUCGGAAUCAACAACCUGCGGGGUGCCAACAAAAAAAGGGCGCAUGUCUCAAUAAUCAGCCUAAAGAUUAUUUUGAAGAAGAUCAGAGUCGUCGUAAUGCAGGUCAGACUCCAUAUUACUUCCCUGAGAAGUUUGGCAAGCUGGUAGGCGUCAAGAAUCGGCCCAUAUCCGACAAACAGGAGUUUAUGCUGACCUAUGAAAUCGACGAAGUUAUGACGAGUAUGGUGACCCUUCAAAUCAGCGCUGACGAUAUCAUUCUGAUUUAUAACAGGGCUACGGGUAAAAUACUGAAAGCGUACGCACAGGACUUCGAAGCUCUUUCUCAAGAUGGCCACAUGUUUGUUAUUGUUCAGAACACUGGAUAUGUCACGGCCGACUUUGCUGUGGUCAUAUCAGAAUGCUCCGGCGCAGUAGGAAAGUUCCGUGAGAAAUCUUUAUCUAUAAAUCCUCAGAAAACACACAUGUUCAAGUUUGGGAUCCACGCGUAUCGCAAGGAAGGGGGCAAUAACUACUGUAUUGUGAAGCUGUUUGAUGCUCGUCAUAAGAUGGUUGACAGUGCUAACGUUACCUUCACAACCACAGCACCUUGUGUGUGUGCUGCAGGAUGUGGCUGCAGUUGCUAUGACGCUGGGUUUAAAUGCGUCGAUCGAGACGAGAAAGACUGGGAUGAGGAAAAGCCGUCAGAGAGUGGGCUGGACUUUACUGGCGCUGUAGAUAUUUGGACCAAAGUCAAAAACUUCUUCAAGAAGAUUGGCAACGUUCUUAAAUUUCUGACAACGCCUGGUGGCAUCGCCAGCAUUGUGGGAAUACUAGUGGGCCUUGGCGCAUUAAAGGCCUUUUUGGGCCUUAGAAGAAAGGGGGCUGCCGUAGCACGGUUCGGAAUGGGCGGUGUUAAAAAGGGCAAGCAGGAGAAGAAAGACAACGCAGGUCAGAUUGUGGUGGUGGAGUACAAUGAACAAGGAGAGGAAAUCGAUCCUGUCACCAAGGACGUGACCAAACCACGAAACAAGACCAAGGAAUUUCUGUUCAAUUUAGUUUUCUUUCUCAUUCUUCCAUUCUUGCUACUGUUAAAACUCGGCAAAAAGAUUGCACAAUGCUGUAAAAAGUACCAUGACAGCAAAGAGGAAAAAAAGACACAAGACAAGAGCCAGGAAGAUGACGACAAAAAAGGCCCAGAAGUGGAGAUCUUCAAGGAUGGGGACAUUUUAAAAGAUGGCCGACUGCGCGCUGAUAGCGACCUCAGCUCUGAACAUCCGGAUGUCAAGCGAGGUAGCAAAGAAAUCAUGCCAGGAAUUAAACGAAGACACAGUGGGACGAGUGGCAAGGAAGAUAAUACUGCGAGCAGCGGGACCCCACACGGGAGCAAACAGAGCAUGGCCGCACCAGGAAGCAGACGCAGCAGUGAAGAAACAGCAGGGGAGCCCUCUACUAGCAGCAGGGGCACCGGCGGCCAAGAUAAGGUGCAAGUCACAACAAGUUCACACAGCUACACAAACAUCACCGUGGAUCAGAGCACCGAACCUUCACAGGAAGGAAAUGUUUUCGUAAGUAUAUUUUUGUAACAAUUUUUAAAAAACACAGGAACUGAAACAAGUGCAAAGUAAAUUCAACCUUUGUUUACAUACACAGUCCCAAGCGUAAACCAUUAUUUCUCCUUAAUGACUGACAAACAUAACUCGUAAGCGUUUAUUUUAUCAUUUUAUAUCUGUCACUACAAGUUAUUCCACUGUUUGAUGAUUCAGGUUCCUGAAGAUAUCAGACCGUUCACUGAGUCGAACACGUUAAUUUAUCACAAAUUUUACAGUACAGACGCUGUAGCGGAUGAACUUGAGGUAAACGUUUUUUAACCAACUGAGUAAUUUAUCUGGGUCUUCUCGUAGAGCAUUUCAACACAUGUAAGUAGCUCACUGAUGACCAAACUCCAUUUCUUUUCAAGAAAGGACGGCUUUCUCUGCGAAGAUAAAUGGGG